AUGGGAUUCAGUGCUGGAGGCAUCGUCAUAUUCACCCACCUAGUCGCUUUCUCUGGGAGGGACGACAACCUCUACCGCCAAGCAAUAAUACAGAGCGGUGUAACUCCCGGCGACUUUCCUUCGGUCUCUCAAGCGCCAAUUGUCGAGACGACAUUCAAUAACCUUCUCUCCUCGACAAGCUGCUCCGGUACACUCAACGGAACUGCUUCAGAGAAGCUCGAAUGCGUGCGGGGACUACCUGUUGCUGAGUUCAGGCAAGCGUCCGCUGGAGUUACGGGAAUGCUCUUCGACGGGGACAUGAUCAACGUUGUCAACCCGUAUGCAGCUAUCCGGGCCGGCAACUGGACCAAAGUUCCUUUACUAGUCGGCAGCAACACCGAUGAGGGGAUAGAUUUCUUUCUUCCCGGUGCCAACACCACCGCUGAGGCCCACGAUGCAAUGUCACCCCUGCUAACCAACUCCACCCAACUCGAUGCGUUGUUCCAGCUCUACCCUGAUAUCCCAGCACUGGGCAGUCCCUUCAAUACUGGGGAUGCGCAAAUGAGCCCCCGUUCAGCUCGGCCAUUUCAUCACCCCAGGGACACAAAAUAA